CUGGUAGCGGAUGCAAAUUCUACCUCCUACACACGUAACAGCGACCCUCCUCCAGGGAUUUUGAAGAGUAUCUUCGUCUCCGCUCAGCGGCACCUGUCAAUGCGUGAGCUCGGAUGAAACUCGGCGCUGCAGGAUUCCCGUGGAUCAUUUGUGAUUGAAAGGGAACAGUUCAGAAGCAGAAGUGAGAUCGUUAGAUUCCCGAAAAGGACAUGUCUCUGGCAAUCAUCUGGACACUGGUGGCCUUGGUCUGGUUUCAUAUCUCCCAUCUUACCCUCGUCAAUGCCCAAAAUAAUAUCAACUGGGAAAUUCAGAGAUACGACGGGUGGUUCAACAACCUCGCCCAUCAUCAACGAGGCUCGGCUGGUUCCCCGUUCAUGCGUCUGAUGCCUGCCAGAUAUGCCGAUGGUGUUUAUCAGGCUUUGAAAGAGCCGGAGGUGCCAAAUGCACGAGUUAUCAGCAAUAUAAUCGCCAAUGGAUCUUCGGGAUUGCAGUCUCUCAAGAACAGCACUGUACUGAGCGUGUUCUUCGGUUAUCACGUGAUAAGUGAGAUCCUGGACACGAGGCAUCCAGCCUGCCCGCCGGAAUUCCUCGACAUUCCCAUCCCAAGUGGCGACUCGGUCUUUGAUCCCAACGGAACGCAAAGCGUGAGGUUGCAGUUUCGGCGGAGAGGAUGGGACAAGUAUUCGGGACACAGCCCCAACAACCCAAGGAUCCAGGUCAACGAGGUAACCGCGUGGAUCGACGGCAGCUCCAUUUAUGGUUCCUCUCACUCCUGGAGUGACGAGUUGCGGAAUUUCUCGCACGGCCGGCUGGCUUCCGGCCGUGAUCCCCGACUUCCCAAGCCCAGCGUGGGAAAACUGAUGAUGUGGAACCAUCCUGAUCCUUCUAACGGUGACACCGGGCUACGCGGUUUCUACGACUUUGGACAUGCAGGAGUUAAUGAAAACCCAUUCAUCCUGGCGGAGAACAUCAUCUGGUUCCGCUACCACAAUCACCUGGCCGACCAGUUUGAAGCUCGCAACCCUUCUUGGUCAGACGAAGAUAUUUUCCAGCAUGCAAGAAAGUGGGUACUUGCCACGUUCCAGAACAUCGCACUGUACGAAUGGUUACCUCAGCACCUGGGACAGCAUUUACCCAAUUACACAGAUUACAAGAGGUUUAUCGACCCUGGGAUCUCGCCUGAGUUUCAAGUUGCCUCAUUGAAAUCUAUCGCCACCAUGGUACCACCUGGCGUUUACAAGAGGAACAGGACCUGUGCCUUCCGUCAGGACCUGGGCAUUUCCAACAGCGGAUCUCCAGCCCUACGUCUGUGCAACAAUUUCUGGAACAGACAGAAGCCGAAUCUACAAACUGCCGUUGAUUUCGAGGAGCUAAUCUUUGGGAUGGCGUCUCAAGUUGCUGAGAGAGAAGACAACAUUAUAGUUGAAGACCUGAGAGAUUACAUGUACGGGCCACUGAAGUUCUCCCGGUCUGACCUGGUGGCUCUCACCGUCCAGCAUGGGCGGGAUUACGGGCUGCCGACGUACAACGCAGCGAGGCAAGCCUACCAGCUCCCCCCCAUCAGCACAUGGAGCCAAAUUAACUCCAAGCUCAGCAACGAGAACCCGGAGAUCUUUACGCAGUUGGCCGCGCUGUACGGAGGAGACAUGUCCAACUUGGAGCUGUAUCCGGGGGGUCUGUUGGAGAACGGCAAAGGGACGGACGAACUAUUCACCAAAAUCAUGAUCGAGCAGUUCCAACGCAUACGAGACGGAGACAGAUACUGGUUUGAGAAUCAGCAGAAUGGGUUAUUCACAGACGAAGAAAUCAAGAGAAUUCGGAGCACGACUUUUUUUGACGUCCUGGUGAACGCCUUAAACACCAGCGAAAACGAAAUUCAGAAGGAUGUCUUUGUCCUGAAAGAUGGGGACCGAUGCCAGCAGCCAAAACAGUUGAACGUCAAUGAUUUGGAGCCCUGCACUGGUCCAAUCACCACAAACUACUUUGAGGGAAGCGGAGCCCCUUUCGGGAUCAUCAUCGUGCUGCUGUGCUGUUUACCACUAGUUUGCCUGAUUCCUGCUUAUGCUGUAGCCUUGUACCGUAAAACGCAGUUCAAGAAACUACAGAAAACAAACAGGCAGGAGUCUGUAAGAAAGAAGAGUGAAUAUGGACCAGGACUCAGAGCUUCUGAGUGGCAAGGACCUAACGAGCCCCUUCGACCAGUGGACCUCUGCCUCGAUCCCAAUUAUUGCAUCAGGGUGCUGGACAGCAAAUGCUCCCCAAUCCGUAUCAUUAACCUCACCAAGGACAUGCACGUCAUCACGUCGAACAACGAUCAGAAGGUGUUGCUGCUUAAGGUUCCCAAGGAGUAUGAUCUGGUGCUGUUGUUUGACAUGGAGGAGGACCACCAUGAAUUCAUUGAACAGCUGAGGAAGAACCUUGCCAGCAAUGGCGCCCAUCUCUUGGUCAGCGAGACAAGUCAAAGAACCAUCUUCAAAGAAGCAGUCACCAAACAGCAGCGAAGCCAGAUCUUAGAUACGUUCUUCCGGCGAGUGUUUGCGCAGGUUCUAGAGAUUGAUAGAUCAGAUGCCGGGGAUUUCAACACUGAAAUAUCGCGGAAGACAAAGGAAUCUUUGAACUGCGAGUUAACACGUGUGGAGUUUGCAGAUGCUCUAGGAUUAAAGGAUGAUUCCAUGUUCGUCGAGCAAAUGUUCUCCCUUGCAGACAAGGAUGGAAAUGGUUACCUAUCCUUCCGAGAGUUCUUUGACAUUCUGAUCAUAUUCAUGAAAGGAUCUCCUGAGGAGAAGUCUAAGCUCAUGUUCCAGAUGUAUGAUGUCGACGGCAAUGGAUUCCUAUCAAAAGAGGAAUUUUCUGUACUGUUGAGGUCCUUCAUUGAGAUCUCCCACAACUGUUUAUCAAAGGUGCAGGCGGAUGAGAUAAUGGAUUCGCUGUUCAAAGCUGCGGGAUUUCAGGACAAAGACGACCUCACCUGGGAAGACUUCCAUUACCUGUUUCGAGAUCAUGGGGAUGAAUUGCAGUUUGCCCAACUCAAUGUGAAAGGUUUGGACACCCGAGACAAGGGCAAAAAGUUCCAGCGAGUGUCUUUCCUCAAGAACCCAUAUAAGAACAUCCAGGAGGCCACGGUGGAACAGGUUGGACAGGAAUUCCGAAGCCGAGAUCGACAGAGCAAAAAGUCACCGUACUAUCACCCGAAGCCCUUCACAGAAGCCAAACGGGAGAAGUACACCCGGAGCAAGGUGCAGCAGAAGAUCCAACAUUUCAAGCGCUUCAUCGAGAACUAUCGGCGGCACAUCAUUUGCGUCCUGAUCUUUUAUGGGAUCGCAGCCGGUGUUUUUGUGGAGCGUGCCUACCAUUAUGCUUUGGGUGCUGAGACCACUGGGAUUCCCCAAACCACUUACGUCGGCAUCAUUGUGUCACGUGGAUCGGCGGCCAGCGUAUCCUUCAUGUACGCCUACAUCCUCCUGACCAUGUGCCGCAACCUCAUCACGUUCCUGCGGGAAACCUUCCUCAACCAGUACAUCCCCUUCGAUGCCGCUGUGGAUUUUCAUCGUUGGAUUGCAAUGACCGCUGUCGUUCUCUCAAUCUUUCACAGCGCUGGGCACGGUGUAAAUGUCUACACUUUCUGUGUCAGUUCCCUCAGCAGCCUUGCCUGCCUCUUCCCCAGUGUCUUCUUCGAUGAUGGAUCAGAGCUUCCUCAGAAAUAUUAUUGGUGGUUCUUCGAGACCAUUCCAGGAUUGACUGGUAUUCUGCUGCUUGUUGUCCUGGCCAUUAUCUAUGUCUUCGCCUCUCGCCAAUUUCGUCGUAUGAGCUUCCGCGCAUUCUGGGUGACACAUCACCUCUACGUGAUCCUGUACAUUCUGAUUCUAAUCCACGGGAGUUCGAACCUGAUCCAGCGACAGAGUUUCUACCUGUACUUCAUCGCACCUGGUCUCAUCUACCUGGGCGACAAACUCGUCAGCCUCAGCAGGAAGAAGAAGGACGUGACGGUUGUGAAGGCUGAUUUGCUGCCCUCAGGUGUGACGUACCUGGAGUUUAAGCGCCCCCAGGACUUUGAGUACAAGUCGGGCCAGUGGGUCCGUAUUGCCUGCCUGUCUCUGGGGACCGAUGAGUACCACCCCUUCACCUUGACAUCCGCGCCCAACGAGGACACCCUCAGCCUCCACAUCCGCGCGGUGGGACCUUGGACGACCAAGUUACGGGAGACGUACUCGCCAGAGAACGUGGGCAAGCUGGGCGGCAAUCCGAAGAUCUACCUGGAUGGGCCCUUCGGGGAAGGGCACCAGGAGUGGAACCAAUAUGAAGUUUCCGUGCUGGUCGGGGGGGGGAUCGGUGUUACACCGUUUUCAUCAAUCCUCAAAGAUCUGGUCUUCAAGUCUUCGAUCUUCAACAAGAUCGUCUGCAAGAAGGUGUACUUCAUAUGGGUGACGCGGACACAGCGACAGUUUGAGUGGAUGGCGGACAUCAUCCGCGAAGUGGAGGAGAACGACAGGAAUGACCUUGUGUCCGUCCACAUCUACAUCACCCAGCUGGCCGAAAAGUUUGACCUCAGGACCACCAUGCUCUACAUCUGUGAGCGUCACUUUCAGAAAGUGUCCAACCGAAGCCUCUUCACUGGUCUCCGAUCCAUUACCCACUUCGGGAGGCCCCAGUUUGUUCCGUUCUUCAACUCGCUGCAGGAGGUUCACCCCGAGGUGGGAAAAAUCGGAGUUUUCAGCUGCGGGCCCCCAGGAUUGACCAAAAACGUGGAGAAAGCCUGCCAACAAAUCAACAAACAAGACCUAGCUCACUUUGUGCACCAUUACGAGAAUUUCUGAGCCACAAGUCCGUGCCCGGAGUCAACAAUAUGAAGAGAGACAUCAACAUCGCUUGUUAAAAUCGAUUGACUUUUUUUUCCCCAUUUUGCAGCUAUUUUCUGCAACAGAUUUUGUUUUUCUCACCUUCUCAGUCAUUGGUUCAACCUAAUGUUGUGGGUGCAUUUUAAAUUAUGGUAUUUUGGUUUAAAUUAGUUUAGAGACACUAGAACCAGGCCCUUCGGCCCAACGGGUCCGUGCCGACCAGCGACUCCCGCACAGACUAGGGACAAUUUUUACAUUUACACCGAGCCAAUUUACCGACAAACCUGUACGUCUUUGGAGUGAUGGAGGAAACCGAAGAUCUCGGAGAAAAGCCCACGCAGGUCACGGGGAGAACGUGCAAACUCCGUACAGACAGCACCCGUAGUCGGGAUCGAACCCGGGUCUCUGGCGCUGUGGGACAGCGGUUGAAUGGAGAUGGUUUCAUGACAUGUCAAUGGACACCAUUGGUAAAUUAUGUAAAUCUGUGCGCAUUUAUAAAUGAAAUGUAAAAGAAAAGAAAUAAAAUAUUGUGAUGUAGAUCGGUA